GACAAGAACAUAAUGGAAGAUUCGUCUGUUUUCUUUUCCUUCUUUCGGUACCUACGGGCACCUAAUCUACAUCAACUACAAUCAGCCGAGAUGGCCUUUCUCGAAUCCCAAAAGAGUCUGCAUGUUCCUACGGGACCUUUGCUAAAUACGCUAAUUUCCCACUAUUUCCUCUACGUUCACCCUUGUCUGCCAGUCAUCAACGAAGCAGAGUUCUGGCCGACCUUUCAUGAUAGAGAGGACCGGGGUUCUUCCUUUUCGCUGCUUGUAUUUCAGGCAAUGUUGUUCGUCGCUUGCAGCUACAUCUCAUUAACCGAUGCCAGACAAUCAGGGGCUGAAUCGAUCCUGAUAAUGCGCAAUACAUUUUACCGGCGUGCUAAGAUGCUUUAUGAGUUUGGCAUUGAGGGAGAUCAUUUAUCUCUUGCUCAAGCGUCAUUGCUACUUACCUUUCAAAGCACCAGGUUAGACCAUUUGAGCAACACUACCUGGCUUGCUCUUGCAAUCCAGCAGGGUCGCGCUGCAAAUGCACACCUCUAUCAUCACUAUCCUGACGAAUCCAAAUACAAGCGAUCGGAUCUCAAGCGACUCUGGUGGUGCCUUGUCAUUCGGGAUAGGACAAUUGCUUUGGGCAUGCGACGACCGCUGCAGAUACUCCCAGCCCACUUUGACCCUAAAUCACGAGAUGUAUUGCUGGUCGGCGAUUUAUAUGAUGAGAUAUAUUCAUCUGAGGUUUACGACCCCGAGACCAAGAUUAUGCUUUGCAAAAUCAUGACUAGCCACUGUCAACUUGCUCUUGCCUUGACGGAUUUGAUCAUGAUGGUGUAUCCCCCGAGCGGAUGUACGGGUCUACAGAAUGACAUGACUCCCGAAACGACUCGAAUAGACGAAAUCGAAUCUCGUCUUAAUGUCUGGAAGUGCCAGAACAUGCUUCCACUGUCUCCAGAUGACUCUUCCUUUCACGCCUGCGUCGUAUUUUAUAAGCAGUUGACUGCCUUAUACUUUGAAACCGCUCGUUUAGCGCUGUACCAACAUCUUUCAUUCCGAAUUUAUCAACGCCAACACCGGGAAAGGUGGCCUGAUUUAAUGGACGCGGUCACAAAGAUAAACGACACGGUGAAACGUUUUGUCGUCGAUGGUACCGCUAGCCACUUGCCUAUCAGUGUUGUAGCCUGCACUCUAUUACCCCAGAUGGUGCUGAACUUCAACCUUCGACUCUCGACCGACAAAAUAAGCCGCAGGCGCCAAGAACAUGCCUUGAAGAUCUACAACGAACUCAAUCGGCAGUAUUUUCUACGUUACGAUGUCUCCCAUCUUGCGCUCUGGGUCAAUCAAAUUCUUCGUUUGUUCGAGUCGUCUGUGUCCUGCGCCAACAAUCGUUCAGCGAAUAUUGUUCAUUCGCAGAGAGUGUCUACAGGGAAGCCUCACUCAUAUAUGCUUGAGUUACAGCCAGCAAUGUACUUCAAGUUAACUGGCAUUAUCGACGUUUCAAUGGCCACGGGUCAUCUUGCUCUCGAACACUCGGAAUCAAUGUUGACAUCCCCAUUAGUAGAACUGUCUAUGCCCGUGAUAUACCCGGAGCUUGCAGCGAUGUCUCCUACUUGUCUCUGGUCCCCUUCUCACCAAAUUGAUCAAUCGAUGAUAUUUGGACCUACGCGAAACGCAGGAAGGAUAGUGGGAUACCCCAGACACAAGGAGACGAACAUAAUGGCGGGACCGAGUAUUAGCAAUGUGCCAUCCGAUGACAUAUACCCGACUCUGGAGGAGGAAGAUGGGAUCACGAAUGACGACCGACUAAUCCCC